AUCCCACAAAUAGCUCCCUUAUUAUGAUUAAAUUUAUUUAUUAUAUUCUCAGCUACAUUUAUUAUGUUCAUUAUCUUAAAUUAUUUUAUUAAAGUACCCUCUAAAAUUGAAGCUCCCUCUACUCAGUUGCAAAAAACAGAAAUAAAUUGAAAAUGAUAA